AUGGCUACUACCGCUCCCGACUAUAAGAACAUCCCCCACUCGCACCGCCUACCGAUCACCCACCGCGAUGUCCAGCGCACCUUCACGAGGCUCUCCCGCCAGUCGCUCAUCUCGCUCGCGCAGCAAUGGCUGAGCAAGAAGAACCGUGAUUUUUGCAAGCCAUUCUUACUCAGCGACCGCAAUGAGGCUGAAGACGCGGAGGAUGAUGACCUGAUUGAGGAGCUAUACGAGCCUGCGCAAAGUGCCGAGGAGCUGCUGGAAACAUACAAGGAGCUAGCCGCGCGUAAGGGAGGCAGGAGAGAGGUGCUCGAUCGCAUACUGGAGGGAGACUGGAGAAGCGGGGUUUCGAUGUACAUGCUCGCGACCGCCGAGAUACAGUACCUGCUCGACCACCCAAACUCACUGCGCUGGACCGCACGGAGGCUGACUCGCAUACCCAAUGCGCGCUCAGCCAUCACGGACAUGGAAGUCACAAACGACUCCGACCACCUCCCCCGCUUCCAAGCACAGACGUUCAUGUCGAAUCUCGCUCGUGAGCUGACACCGCUGAUGAAGGCGCAUUACCUGAUCACACGAAUCAAAACAUCGCCCAUGACUAUUCUACGCGUCUAUAUACACGACUCCCCAUAUAGCAAUGAGAGCUCGCUUGCCCUGGAUUCGAGUGGCGCAGACAGUGCUAAGGCUGUAUUCUUUGUAUGGCCCAAUGGUUCGCCUUUUGUGUACUCUUCCCUAGCUACGCUCACUGGGCAGGUUGUGGGAGAUGACGGGCGACACCUGAGAGACAUUGUACAGCAGGCGAUACCCAAAGCCUUUUCGCGACCCUCUGCGAGGUACCAGCUCACGAGUACAAACUUUACUACCAAGUCGCUCGAUGCUCUGCUCACAUAUCGCGGGCCAGGAAAGAGUAAUGGCGCUACGGGAGGGUGGAGCAUCUUCCAAGACCACAGCUUCAGCCAGAACGCACUGGACUUCAUCACGACACAGAAGAAUGACGAGCAAAGCAAGAGCAGUAGUGGGAAGAGCGAUGCAAACACUUCAACCAAGGCUGGCCCCGGGCGGCCGAAGAGAGCACUAGAUAGCACCGAGACGCCAGAAUCGAAACGGAGGAAAGAGGUUGCCCAGGGUCGGUUUGGUGCCUCUGCUCAACCUGACGAUGGCCAGGGUCUAGAGAGGUUUGAAGUCCGCAUCGAUGAUCCGUUCCCGACUACGCAGAGCAACACUGCAGGGGUGGAUGGUGAAACAUCAAGACGCAGCGCACAACUCUCGAACCGUGGUCGAAGAGGCCGGCCUUCAAUACUCGACAGAACAGCAGAAGAGACCGAGCAGCUACAGAACGAAGAAGGGUGGGUACCCAAUGUGCGCAUUGCAUUCACUGGUACGCACGUCUUCGCUGGCAUCAGGCAACUAGUCGAGGAGGGCAUUGUGGAUGGGGAGAAGAUGCCAGGCUGGAUGACUGGCGAGGCGAGUGUCACAAUAGGGGCAGUAAGAGCAGGCAGGAUACAAGCGAAAGAUGGUGUCCCUGGCACCUGA